CUUCUCUGCGCCCACUUCGAGCUGACGAAGCUUCUACCCUUCCUCACGUCACACUCUACCACGACCAUCGAAACCUCUUUGCUACCUUUCUUUUCUUUUUCUUUUUCUCUCGAUUCAUGGUUCCGGCGCAUGCGAACUUGCAAUCAUCAUCUUUACUCUUGCGCUGGACGUUCUUGUAGAUGGACUUUUUUCUUUUCUCUUCUCUUUCCAAAAACUUGGGUGGGUGGCUUUUUGCACUUUUGCACUAUUUGUUGCUUCUGCUCCUAUGCUUGCCUUCUAGCGUUAGUGUUUUCUUCUUGGUUUUUUUUUUUCGAUAUGCAGAUAUGCAGAUUCUUUUUUGAUAUGCAGAUGAUAAAUCCACACUUUUCGAAAACUUUUCACUAUUUGCAAUUCUUUCUCGUUGUUUGGGGUUUCCUUUCGUGAUCAUGGUUCCUUUCUAUGCUUCUUCUUGUGAGAUGCCUCCUUUUUUUCUUGUGUGUGUGUGUGAAAAAGAACUUGGUA